AUGGCAACUCCAACAAUUGCUGGUGCCAAGGAGAUGUUAGCCUAUUUAGAUGCCAAGGCUAGCGGGGAAAGAAGUGCUGCUCAGAAAGUAGUUUUGACUGACCUUAGAGAAGAAGCUGUUGUUUACAUUAAUGGCACACCAUUCGUCCUUAGGGAACUAAAUAAACCAGUUGAUACACUCAAACAUGUGGGAAUCACUGGUCCAGUGGUAGAACACAUGGAGGCACGGCUAAAAGAAGAUAUAAUAUGUGAGAUUAGACAAUCUGGUGGUCGAAUGCUUUUACACCGUGAAGAAUUUAGCCCGGCACUAAAUCAGGCCAGUGUCUUAGGAUAUUGGGAGAACAUCUUUGUAGAUGACGUGAAGACACCUGCUGAGGUAUACACAUCUCUGAUUGCUGAUGGAUACAAUAUAGCAUAUAGGAGGAUACCAUUAACUAGAGAGAGAGAAGCCUUAGCGUCUGAUAUUGAUGCAAUCCAGUAUUGUACGGAUGGGUAA